AUGCCGCCUCUCGAACAGAUCAUUUGGGAAGCCAAGCACCGACCGACAAGUCUUAAACACGCGCGCCAUCCUUCUACCACUAUCGAUGCGAACGGGUGUGUUGUUCAGAAAGGAUUCAUCAUACCCAGUCGCACGUCUUCCUUUGACUCGCGGAUCUCAACAGGCUCCUCAGCAAUCGCAGAGGAUCCAGGAACACCAGCUUCACCGAUGGAGCAAGCCCCUCCUGGGUUUAAUAGGCCAACGGGCUCUCUGGUAGACGCUCCUGAGUUAGAAGUGCUCCGACGCUCAAGUGCCUCGCCGCAGCGCAGUUGGGGUUACUACAGCGGAUCCAAGAUCUAUGGAGAUCGUCCACUGCUGGACAGGCGCCAAACCUGGCAAGCCGAACCAUCCAGUCGCUGGGCGGAUGCAGACCUGGCAGAUCCAGCGUGCAAGUUUCGUACAGCCCACGUACCACGGUCGCAAUUGAGCUUUCAUCCGCUUGAAACUAGAAAGGGCCAGUCUGCCAUGCGCCGGGUGAAGAGCGAGCAGGUCCAUAUCCAGCAUUUAAAGGGAAGAUAUAAGAGCCAGAAGCAUUUGACGGAUAAGGUACCGAGGGUGGUUCAGAAGAAGGACGUAGGGAUUGUAGCUCAAGAAGACGCGGAGAAUGCAAUCGCCUCGGACAGCGACGACGAUGAGGAUGACGAUGAUGGCGCACUGACGAUGGGUGGUAUUGCCGCUCAGCGCAAGAGAGCAGACUAUGCCACGCGUCGCGCCAGAAGCGAUGAGCUCGCCGCUGUGCGCGUCCAGCAGCAGCAGCAGCAGCAGCAGACCCACGAGCGUGCCUCUCAGCUCACACAACAGUUGCAAGUCCUGAAGAUAUGCUCUCCCGGCCAGGCAGAGAGCGCAAUAGAGUCAGACGACGAAGACGAUGCCGAGGCUUUACCUUCUGGCGACCCUAUCAAGGCGGCCCUCAAUCUUGCUCAAGACCACAAACCACUCAACACAAACAUCGCCGAAGUCCCGCAUGAACUGGAAGACCAGCCUCGCAAGCCAUGUGUUUGCUUUGAGAUUGAGCCACCUGCGACUGAUUCUCGCGUCAGAGGAUUGGAGGACGGUGUCACGACUCUGGAGACUCCGAGAGAAAUCAAGUGCUUCGAUCGGCUUUCUCUGGUCCCGACACGUCCUCUGAGACCAUCAAAGAGCCAGCCAAAUCCAACCAAAGGCGUUCUGAAGAAGCAAAACGCGUCCAAAUCAGCAGGCAAUAGCCCGCCAAAGCAUGUCGUCACUGCUGUUAGACGCAGCAGCACAAAGGACAUGGUUACCCAUGCCGCAGAUGCAAAUUCGGUUCGGUUCUCAAAGACUUGA